AUGAAGUCUCAGUCAAUCUCACCCGUGCAAACGCCUUUGUCCGUUGACUUCCUGGUAGUCGGAGGAGGCAUCGCAGGUCUCUCUGUUGCUCUGGGUCUCACACGUAUCGGACAUCGGGUGCUUGUCCUGGAGAAAGGCGAUGGAAUAAGUAAUGUGGGACAUGGUGGCAUUCGAGCGCCUCCCAACAUGUCCAAGGUUUUGUAUCGCUGGGGCCUCAAGCCACAGCUGCGGGAGGUCUCGCUAGCAUCUCAUCCAAUCCUCUUCUCCAAAUUCCAAACCGGCGAAAUUAUCGGCGUUCAAUUGUGGGAUGCCGAACUGCUGAAGGAAACUCAAGGAGAGUUCCUGCUCAUGACACAUGCCGAAUUAUACAAAGUCAUGUACAACGCAGCGGUAACUGCCGGUGCCAAAGUUCGGACAGAUGCUGAGGUCGUCGAGAUUGAUGCUGAGCAGCGGGAAGUCAGACUCGCGUCGGGAGAGGUCUUAUCGGCCGAUGUGAUCAUCGGCGCAGAUGGUGAAAGAGGAAUAUGUCGCCGGCUAGUGCUCGGACGGAACGAGCGCGUGGUACCUAGCGGGAUGUCUCUCUUUGAUGCAACAUACAGCACGAAGUUGGCAACAGAGACCAUGCCUCACGACAUGUUGGAAAUCGUCAAUAUUGAAGGGAACACCGUCUUCAUGUCGUUCGGCAAUGGCUGCGCCGCAACUGGGUAUCCCGUCGUAAGUGCACAUCUCGUCCUCGCCGACGAUAUAUCGAAGGCCCUUCAGCGCAAUUACGAGGAAAUCGCAUUCCAAUUCUUUCUGCGCGACGAAGGGGAGGAGGGCUUUUACGGUGAUCCUCCUUCUACCCAAUUGCGCACAUUACUGCCGGAAGUCUGUGAUCCAAGGCUGCGAGCUGUAGGCGAUCAUGCAAGUAAUGCAAUACGAGUCGCAAUCAACCAAUAUGAAGAUCUUGAGGAUUGGGUAGAUGACAGCGGCCACCUUUUACUAGUGGGCCAGGCAGCACAUCCAAUCGCACCAGGGGCUAUCCAAGGGGCUGCAAUGGCACUCGAAGAUGCUGCAGUGCUGGCCAAGCUUUUCAGCCAUCUCACUAGGCACGAGCAGAUCGAGAGCUUCCUGUGCGCCUUUCAAGACAUCCGACAAAAGCGCUGCGAAGUCGCUCGCCAGUCAGAGGUGGGGUUGCUGGCGCUCGUCACGAUGGAGGAUGGUCCCGAACAAGAAGCACGCGACAAGACCAUGCAGACGAGAUACCGAGCGGGAAAGAACGUCUUCGAUUCAGAAGAUGGCGAGAAUGGCGUGGAGAGUGAGCAGUGGGUGGAAAUACGGACUAUUUUUGGUUAUGAUUGCGAAGACGAGGCGGACAACUGGUGGGUGCAAUGGGGGCAGCUGCGUGAGCGCGCAAAACAGGGCGACUCGGGGAUCAAUGGCAUCCCAGAAUCUCCAAACGGGGGAUUCUGGGGUGCGAUGACGAUCGAGACAUCUACGGCUUGA